UGUUGAAAUUCAAGACGAAUUUAAAAUUGAUGGCAGUCAAAAAGUUGAAAAAGAUGUAAUAAUUCGAAAACCUCAAGCCAAACCCGAAUCUCCAGUUGAGACUACCGAUAUGAUCGAAGAAUGGGAGACUUUAAUAAAAACAGAAACUGUGGUAGAAAAAGAUUUAUCCAUAGAUAUAGAAAGUCGCAAAGUAGAAAAAGAAGACGAAACUGUUCGUGAAGACAUGUAUGAAGAGUGGGAAACAAUAAUGAAAAAAGAAUUUACGAUUGAAAAAAACGAAUGUUACGAUUCCGACAAUGAAAGUGAAAUUUCAACGCAAUCAUUGUACGAAGAAUGGGAAUUUACCACAAUCACAAAAACUGUAGUAGAAGAAGAAUUUCCGAUGAAGCGAAAUAUUGUCGAAAUUAGGUAUCCUCAAAAACGCGGUACAAACAUAAUUUUCGGACAAGAAAAUAUAACUGCCACUGAAGACUCACAAACAACUCUUGCAAUCACAAAGCAAUUAAGUGGUGUAAGGGCUAAAGAUCUGAGUGAAAUUAACAGGCAAUAUACAUUCAACCAAUUUGGGUUAAUGUCUGAAACGUUUGAUAAAGAUCAUAAACGUCCGGUGUUUGAUGAAGACAUGACCGUCACAAAAAUAAAAAUAGGACACCAAGUGGUUUUGACGACACACGUCGUAUCUACUCCGGAGCCAAUCUCUGUGGAUUGGUUUAAAGAUGGGGUUAAAUUAAACGAGUCCAACAAUUAUAUAUUAACGUAUGAAAACGGUUAUUGUUUGUUAACAAUUCGCAAAUUUACCUCACGACAUAUUGGUAGAUAUUCUUGCAGAGUUCUGAAUGAAUUUGGUAUAAAUGAGUCUAGUUUAACAAUAGAAAGAGCAAUGAUAACAGACUAUAGAGUGAAAUUUGAAGACGAGGAUAUCGUAGAAAGCAGAAAACAGUUUGAAACGAGUAUCAGGAAAACUGUUGAUCAGCCAGAUUCAAUUUUGAAAAAGCCGCGAGAAACGCUGACAAAUCAAUAUACGGUAAAUGAAGAAGAGUCACUAUAUGAAACCAAAGAAUCAUGGACUAAAGUAUUCAAAGAAUAUGCAACAAGUUCAACUUCAGUCGGCUCAACAUCAUUGAAUUUGAAAGCGGCAUCAACCUCACAAUCUCCGCCAUAUUUUGAAGAAGAAAUAUCAUCAGUUACUGUUAUUGAUGGCGACGAUGCCACACUUUCUUGCAAAUUGUUUGGCGGUCCAUUCACUUCAAUAGAGUGGUUAUUCAGAGGCAGAAAGAUCGAAAAAUCGCGAGAUUUCAUGAUGUACUUUAAGGAUGAUUGUUGCUAUUUAAUCAUUAAAGAAACCAUGCCUACGGAUCGCGGACGCUAUACCGUUAGAGCCACAAACGAUUUUGGAUGGAGCGAAACACAUAUCUAUCUAACAGUAAUGGAUUCUUACGAGUUCAAUCGUACGACAACUUCUAGUAAAUCAUUGCCCAGAGUUGAAUCUGAGGAGGACAUGUACUCAUCUGGCGAGGAAACGCUAGAUACAUGGACUGUGGAAGAAUGGGUUUUCUAUGAUUACGUCAAUUACUACAAUGUUGACGUCUUCAUGAAACGAAAUCAACUUUACAUUACUAAUUAUUCUUACGUGCCUUAUGAUGAGAAAUCAUUCAAGGAAAGAAUUAGUUCCGUUAGAGCAGCCUUGACAGACACGCACAUGUUCAGAUUCCCUGUUAUAAUCAAGGAACUGCCGAUCUUGGAAGUUUUUGAAGGAAAGAAAGCCGUCAUGGAGUGUGUAGUGGAGGCAAGUCCUGAACCCGUCAUAACCUGGUUCAAGAAUGGCAAAGAAAUAACGAGCGGCGAGCACGUGAAGAUAACAUUCACAAACAACGUAUGCACUCUGAUCAUCGAACACGUGGAACUGGACGAUGAGGCCGAGUACAAGUGUGAAGCUAGGAACGAGUUUGGGUCAUCAUUCACUUGGGGUCAAAUAUACGUCGAAACCGUUCAACUGAGAUGGGGUAGAAUAAAGAACUUCAAAAUUGUCAGAAAGAAGUCCGAACUGGCUUCAUUGACGAAUUGAAAUACGUUUGAUUGGAAAAGUGAUUGAUUGAAUGAAUGAAUGAUGGUUAGUUGAUUGACUGGUUUACAACCGGAUUUCAUGCAACUCAAAACCUUUUAGUGAUGAAUAAUCGAAUUUUUUUGUUUGACCCAAUGUAGAAAACUCAAUUUUGAAUUUCAUCAUACACAUUUUUUUCAUUCAAUUUCAGAGCAUGAUGAAUUUUUUUAGUUGCUUAUAAUUGUGAUUGUAAAUUUUAUUAUCAUCACGCUCUGGCCUGUUCACAUUGACAUUCAAUUUUCUAUCUUUCUCCAAAUUUGCGGCUACGCUAAAUGUUUUUACACAAAAAUUAUAAAAUUGUCAUUGAGCACAAUUCAAUAAACAAUCGUUAAAUAAAUUAACUCAGCACCAAUUGUAAUUAUGGUAAGCAUUUUUCAUAUUAACAUUAAUCAAAAAACCAUUUUUUAUAUAACGUUAUAUAGUAUUUUUUAUAAUAAACGUACACUAAUUUUAA